UCCGGAAGACCAUCUAUGUCUCUUAUAGACUGGCUAACCAAAGGACUUGAGCGAUUUUAUGAGGAGAUUGUUCGGGUGCUGGGUUACGACCGUUUGCCCAGCAUGGAUGACUGUGACAAACUACCGUACACAUACGCCACUGUUCACGAGAUUCAACGCUAUGGCAACAUCGUACCCUUUGGCGUUUUUCAUGAAACAACUCAGCACACAAAACUACGAGGAUAUGACAUUCCCAAGGGCACCAUGGUAUUUACCAACUUAACAGCAAUUUUAACUGAUAAGGAGCACUGGAAGUACCCAGACACCUUUAACCCAGAUAAUUUCUUAGAUGAUAAUGGACAUUUCUUCAAACCAGAGUCUUUCCUCCCUUUCUCCUUGGGUCCGAGGGUCUGUCUUGGUGAGACCCUAGCUAAGACAGAGCUCUUCCUCUUCGUCACUUCUCUCUUACAGCGGAUUCGUUUCUCCUGGCCACCUGAUGUGAAGUGGCCAGACAUGAAUGGGAUUGUCAGUGUGGUCCGCUCUCCUGAGCCAUUCAACAUCAUCUGCCACAGCAGAGGAUCCACAGAGUGACCAACAGUACACUUUCCAACUUCUACACAAGUUUCACUAGCUGUUUUAACCCAACUCAUUGGUAAUAGUUUUUUUCUGCCCAAAGAAAUUAUAUUUUAGUUCAAUA